GUGCUCUCUCACAAAGUUCCCGCCUCCAUUUUGUCUCUGAUGUGUGUGUGUUUGUGUGACUGAGCAACAGAGAAGGAAUAACACAUACACUGUACAGCGGGUUUAUUAUUUUUUUAAACAAAUAUCGCCAGAAAUGGACGGCAUUGGUGAUAUUGCAGUUGGCGUAAAGAGAGGAUCAGAUGAGCUUCUGUCCGGCAGCAUGUAUAACAGCUCCAGUUCGGGGUUGAGCGGCAUCAGUGAUGCAACAUCCAAUGGCAGCGACAGCAAAAAGCUUCGCGUCGAAGACCGAGUCAGCAGUUCUCCACCAUCUCGCGUUCUUCACAUCAGAAAGCUACCCACCGAUGUCUCGGAAACUGAGAUCAUCGCCCUGGGGCUUCCUUUCGGAAAAGUCACCAAUAUCCUCACGCUGAAAGGCAAAAACCAGGCGUUUUUGGAGCUGAGCACAGAGGAAGCUGCCAUGACGAUGGUCAAUUAUUAUUCCGCUGUCACGCCUCACGUCCGCAGCAUGCCUGUAUAUAUCCAGUACUCCAAUCACAAAGAACUCAAGACCGACAAUUCAAACCAGUCGGGUGGGACUUCCACGUCGGGGUCUAACUCUAGUGAUGGUGGAGGUUCACCCACCAGUCCAGUACUGAGGAUAAUCAUCGACAACAUGUUUUACCCCGUCACCCUGGAUGUUUUACAGCAGAUCUUUUCAAAGUUCGGCACCGUCAUGAAAAUCAUCACGUUUACCAAGAACAAUCAAUUUCAGGCCCUGUUGCAGUUCAAUGAUCCAGCCACUGCACAACAAGCUAAAGUGGCUCUAGAUGGUCAGAAUAUAUACAAUGCCUGCUGUACCCUUCGCAUAGACUACUCAAAACUCGUCAAUCUGAAUGUGAAGUACAACAAUGACAAGAGCAGAGACUACACCAGGCCAGAGCUUCCUGCUGGAGACGGGCAGCCCGCUGUGGAUCUUUCUGUGGCCACAGUUUUGGGUAAAGACUCCAGCUCCCUGCUCGGUAAGAUCCCAGGAGCCCUGAGCCCGCUGAGCGCAGCCGCCGCUGCAGCAGCCGCAUCCGGUAGAGUCGCUCUGUCUGGUCAUUCAGGAGCCAGCGGGGUGCUGCUUGUCAGUAAUUUAAAUGAAGAGAUGGUUACGACCCACAGUCUGUUUACCCUCUUCGGUGUUUAUGGUGACGUUCAGCGUGUGAAGAUUCUAUUUAAUAAGAAGGACAGUGCACUGAUUCAAAUGGCUGAUAUAAAUCAGGCUCAGCUUGCUAUGAGCCAUUUGAACGGUCAGAAAAUGUAUUCGAAGAUCAUCCGAGUUACGAUGUCAAAGCACCAGACGGUACAGUUACCAAGGGACGGUUUAGACGACCAGGGUCUCACCAAAGACUUCACAAACUCUCCGUUGCAUCGUUUCAAAAAGCCCGGCUCCAAGAACUUCCAGAACAUCUUUCCUCCAUCUGCAACGCUGCAUCUGUCAAACAUCCCGCAAGACAUAACCGAAGAAGACCUCAGAGUCCUGUUCUCCAACUCCGGUGGCACUGUGAAAGCUUUCAAAUUUUUCCAAGAUCACAAAAUGGCUCUCAUUCAGAUGACCACCAUCGAGGAAGCCAUUCAAUGCUUAAUUGACCUGCAUAAUUACAACAUGGGUAAUAACCACCACCUAAAGGUCUCCUUCUCCAAAUCAACUAUCUGAAGGUCCAGCUCCCAUUUUUCUAGCACUACCUGUUGACUGUUAAAAGUAUACCGGGGACCACAAUUUGAGUUUUUCCCCAAAUUUUCUCUACCAUUCCACAAGAAAAUGUUUAAAGAAGAAUGAAACUGUUGGUAACCCCUCGUCACUUUGCCUUGGGUGGGACACAUAUGCUUUUCUCUUCAGUGGUGGGACCGGUCUUUCGGCGUAAAGUCUGAUCCGCUUACGACAAGCAGAAGAAUGUGCCUUACAAAACUUCAUUAAUCUUUUCAUACUUAAUUCAGAUUGUCUCAACGCAAGCCCGUCGACUGCAGAGGCUGCGAGGGAGAGAAUAUUACACUGUAAAGUUUUGUUAGGACAGAAACUCAAAUUAUUUUUCCUCGUGUCUGAUGUGUAUAGUGUGUAAUAGCUUUUUCCUUUAGUUUUUCCUUUUUUAUUUGUGAAAAAUCUUUCUUUGUGAAAACUCGUGAAUUGUAAGUAAGUCGGUGGUCACCUCAGAGAGACAACAAUCCAGAUAAACUUUGAGAGGAAUAAAGGGUGGGUGAAAUUUCUUGUUUUAUGUAAAAAUUGCUCCUUUACUCCCAGCUGUAUAAAAAAAUCCUGCCCGUUUUUCCUGUUUUUUUGUUCUUUGUCCUGCACAGGUUUUAUAACAGAUUUGCAUUGGUUAUUCAGAGGGUCCUCUGUGUUAUUGGCAGAGGCUUCAUCACUUCAUAGUGCGAUUUGGGAAAGGACCAAAAUGAUGUGUGCCUAUAGUCUUAAUUUACCCCCCAAGAUUAAAGAGCAGGUCAGUCCCAGAUGUCUUUUUUCGCCUUAUGAGAGGAUAUUGUGAAAUAAAUGGUCAGUCUGAAGACUUUUAAGGGGGGUUUACGUGAGCCUGUACCUCUUUUUGUUACAUUUCUAAGAAUGUAUGAUUCAGAAUAGUUUUGAUGAGGCACAAUUCAAAUAAUGUUUUUUUUUAAACAAAAACUGAAAGGUUUGAUUUCGUUGUCCUUGCAUUUUUACCUGUAGCAUGCUCAAUAAACGCUUCGGAAGUUUCA